AUGACCGAUGGGUAUAUAAGCAGCUUUGAUAACUCCACGCUAACGACCUUGGUGUGCGACGUAGGCUGUGAAGCUGCCAUUGCGAAGCUACGUGAUACUGUUUCGACCAACUGUGGUGAAAUAACCGAACUGGUUCCAGGUCUUCCAAUCAUAGGUCUUGUGGACCUGCUUUGGAGCAAUAGGAAUCAGUCCUGCUUUACUAAUCCCAAUACUAGGGAAAAUUACAAUAAUGUGAUUGAUGCUUUUCCUGACGUGGAUAUGUCUAAGCUUCCAAAAUCUGACCUGUGCUCGUACUGUAACCAAUCCACAUAUAAAUAUGUGGCUCAAACCUAUAACAUCUCAGUCAGUAAUUUCGAUUCUACACCGAGUGCGUUCAAUAUGACUGUGCCAUCUUCCACGUCGGAUUGCGUGUCUAGAACUAUAUAUACGACCAAGGAGAGCGACACGUACGAUUCCAUUGCGUUAGCACAAAGUCCCGGAACCAAUCUCUGCCUUCCACAGAAAUGCGACAGCGUCUAUAUCGUGCAGCCGGAGGACACGUGCAUUAAUAUUGCUAUUAGUGCCGGAAUCCGCACUCAAAACCUCAUAGACUACGACUCUCAGCUGACCUGGAACUGCUCAAACCUGCACGCAACCAACCCCUACUGGGGUACGACUCUGUGCGUAUCUACCCCUGGGGGGACAUACACGGGCCAUGCACCGAACACAUCAACAUCUACCGGGUCUGAAAUUGUCAACCCACCCGCUGGCGCCAAGGUGGCCCCUGGCACCAUGACCGACUAUAGGGCGUGGUAUAUAAACGAUGCGGGCCUCACCUGCACUCAAAUCUGUCUCAUAAAUCAGAUUACCAUCAACCUCUUCACGGAGGCAAAUCCCUCGCUCAACAAGACGACCUGCGAUAAAGACCUGGUCCAAGGGAAUUCUUACGGUGUUAAUCCACUGGAUGGUUGGAACUGGGGAUCUGGGGCUAAUUCCACCACCAGCCCUACACCCACCAUCUCAGCGCCGUCUACUCCACCAGCACCAACCCAGACUGGCAUCCCUGCUAACUGCAAUGCCUUCUACGUUGCUAAGGCUGGUGAUGAUUGUGGGACUGUUGCAGCCAAGUUUGGUAUCACCAAGGGCCAAUUCCAUGAAUGGAACCCAGCUAUCUCAUCGGAUUGUUCAAGUGGAUUCUGGGCCAAGGAGGCGUACUGUGUGGGUGUAUCCGGUACUUCCAGUACACCAAUCACAAGCAUAUCCGCGAGCACACCUACGUCUACCUCAGCGUCUACAUUGGUAGUGCCUCCUGCUCCAACGCAAUCAGGUAUUCCUGCAAAUUGCGAUGCAUAUUACGUUGCUCAGGCCGGUGAUGACUGUGACACUGUCGCGUCCAAAUUCCAGAUUACAAAGGCUCAGUUCCACGAAUGGAACCCUGCCAUAUCAUCAGACUGUUCUAGUGGCUUCUGGGCUGAGGAGGCAUACUGCGUGGGUGUAUUCGGCACCAGCAGCGCAACAUCCUUACCUACACCCAACCCAGUAUCUACGGGCUCGGUGGUACCACCUGCUCCGACGCAAUCCGGAAUCCCCGAAAACUGCUCCAAGUAUUACGUUGCACAAGAUAAGUUUGGGAUUACCAACGACCAGUUCCAUUUAUGGAACCCGGCAGUCUCAGUAGACUGUGUGAGCGGGUUUAUGGCUGAUGAGGCGUACUGCAUCGCGCUGUCGUAA